AUGCUCAGCCCAGCAGUGGUCCUCAAUGGCCCAGCCCCCGAGCUCCAGGCCGGGGACGCCAGCAGGGCUGAGGAGAGGCAGCUCCACGGCACCCUGAACCCCCGCCCCACUGCCAGAGGCUGGGUCAGGCAUGGUUCCCUCAGCAUCAAGGACAAGAUAUCGGAGUGGGAGGGGAAAACGGAGCCGCCCGCCCCUGCCCCGGGCAGGAAAGCAGAUGGACACGAGGCUGACGUGGCGUCCUGUGUGCCAGAGACGAGAAGCAGUGAUGGUGUGAGGACGGGGGUCCCUGAGGCCGAGACGGGCAGCCGGCCAGAGGCAGAGAACACAGAGGAGGCAGGGAGCGAAGGGCCAGUGAGAGUCGGGGGGCAGGAGGCAGCCCGGAGGCCAGGCGUCACCUGGCCGGGCACGCAGCGCCCCCUGAAGGACAGCCUCUCUGUGCUGACGCAGGUCAGGAGGCUGGAGCAGGCCUUGAAGGAUGGCUCUGCGGGGUUGGACCGCCAGCUUCCCGGGACCUGCUACUCCCCGCAUUGCCCGCCCGACAAGGCCAAUGAGGGGCCCAGCCUUCCAGAGGGCCGUGUGGGCGGUUGUGAACCCAGGCGCGGGCUCCUGGACCUGGGGGCCCAAGAGCCCACCCCCGAGCCUGCCGGAGAAAGGAAGGGCUCGAGUGCAAGACCCUGGGACCAGAGCCUGGAGGGCGUGCACGGAGAGAACGAGGGGUCCCCUGUGAGGCCCUUCAUCAACCCCCUGCCAAAGCCGCGGAGAACGUUCCAACAUGAGGAAGAAGGGGACAGGGCUCGGCGGCCAAGUGUCAGAGUCUGGAGAGAAAAGAGGAGCCUGCCUCCCCUGCCCUCAAAUCCGCCCCCGCCCCUGCCCUCCUCGCCACCCCCGCCCGCCGUGAACAGAAGACUCUGGAACAAGAGGGAGAGGGCCAGUGCCGACCACAGGAAGUCCUACGAGUUUGAGGACUUGCUGCCGUCCUCCUUGGAGAGCAGCACAGUGGACUGCUACUCCCAGUCGAAGCUGGGGCUCACACGCACUUUAUCGGAGGAGAACGUCUACGAGGACAUUCUGGAUCUGCCGAUGAAGGAAAGCCUGUACGAGGAUGUCGAGUUGCGUGGCCGCUGCCCAGAGAAAAAGCGCGUCUCGAACUUUCCUAGUUCCCCCGCCUCUCCCAUCCCCGACACACCCCUCAAGCAAUCCUUGACCAAGCCUGUGUUUUUCCGGCACAAUUCCGAGAGGUGGAACUUCAAGCUAUUGGACACACGGAAGCCGAAUCGGGACGGGACCGGGUCCCCUUCCCGGGUCAGCCCCCCGUCCACUCCCAGCAGCCCCGAUGACACCUUCUUCAACCUUGGAGACCCGCAGAAUGGCCGGAAGAAGAGAAAGAUACCUAAGCUGGUGCUUCGGAUCAACGCCAUCUACGAGGCCCGGAGAGGGAAGAAGCGGGUGAAGAGGCUGUCCCAAUCAGCCGAGAGCAGCUCAGGGAAAGUGACAGAUGAGAACAGUGAGUCUGACAGUGACACCGAGGAGAAGCUGGAAGCUCACAGCCAGCGCCUGGUCCACGUGCAGGCCCGCCUGAAGCAGGCCCCUCGGUACCUGCCCCUGGACCGGGACCUGCUGGAGCACCAGGAGAGGCAGCUCUUCGAGUACUUUGUGGUCGUUUCACUGCACAAGAAGCAGGCGGGGGCCACCUAUGUGCCGGAACUCACUCAGCAGUUCCCUCCGAAGCUGGAGAAGUCAUUCAAGUUCAUGCGGGAGGCUGAGGACCAGCUGAAGGCCAUCCCUCAGUUCUGUUUCCCUGAUGCCAAGGACUGGGCUCCGGUCCAGCAGUUCACCAGCGAGACGUUCUCAUUUGUCCUGACUGGAGAAGACGGGAGCAGAAGGUUUGGGUACUGCCGAAGGCUGCUGCCUGGUGGCAAAGGGAAGCGCCUGCCUGAAGUCUACUGCAUCGUGAGCCGUCUGAGCUGCUUCAGCCUCUUCUCCAAGAUCUUGGACGAGGUGGAGAAACGACGUGGCAUCUCUCCUGCCCUGGUCCAGCCCUUCAUGAGGAGCGUGAUGGAAGCGCCGUUCCCAGCCCUGGGCAAAACCAUCGUUGUCAAGAACUUCUUGCCAGGAUCAGGGACUGAGGUGAUCGAGCUGUGUCGCCCACUGGACUCCCGCCUUGAACACGUGGACUUUGAGUCUCUCUUCUCCUCACUCAGUGUCCGCCACCUGGUCCGUGUCUUCGCGUCCCUGCUUCUGGAAAGGAGGGUCAUCUUCGUAGCAGACAAGCUCAGCACCCUGUCCACGUGCUGCCACUCGGUGGUGGCGCUCACCUACCCCUUCACCUGGCAGCACACCUAUGUCCCGGUGCUGCCACCCUCCAUGAUCGACAUCGUGUGCUCGCCCACCCCCUUCCUCAUUGGGCUGCUCGCCAGCACACUGCCUCUGCUCCAGGAGCUGCCACUGGAGGAGGUCCUCGUUGUCGACCUAGACAACAACCGCUUCCUCAGGCAGAUGGACGACGAGGACUCCAUCCUGCCCCGCAAGCUGCAGGCGGCCCUGGAGCAUGUUCUGGAGCAGAGGAACGAGCUGGCCAGCGAGCAUGAGGACGGGCCCCCAGACGGCAGGCCUGGCCCCGAGUCCAGCCCCCUGAACGUGGUGGUGUCCGAGGCCUUCGUGCGCUUCUUCGUGGAGAUCGUGGGCCACUACUCGCUCUUCCUGACCCCGGGCGAGCGCGAGGAGCGGACGCUGCAGCGGGAGGCGUUCCGCAAGGCCGUGUCGUCCCGGAGCCUGCGCCGCUUCCUCGAGGUCUUCAUGGAGACCCAGACGUUCCGCAGCUUCGCGCAGGAGCGGACGCUGCGCCGGCAGGACGUCAAGGGUCUGUUUGAGGUCCGAGCCCAGGAGUACCUGGAGACGCUCCCCAGUGGUGAGCACAGUGGUGUCAACCGGUUUCUGAAGGGACUAGGCAACAAAAUGAAGUUUCUCCACAAGAAAUAA